UUUAAUUAUUUGUGAUCGUUUCUAAUAAGAUGUACACAUUAGACAGGGCGUCACUUCUUACUUCGAAUCUGGCUUAUCUUUACAAUAACACCAAAGGUCAAGGCUACACGGGAAAAAUCCGGACGAGCAGGAAAGAUGUUGCGACGACCAGUAGAUGCCCUUAAGAAGCAGCUACAGAAGAGGACUAAAAGAGCUUAUGAUGCAACAAAGGAUAUUUUUUCUAGACUAUUGGGAGCAGGGAUUGUUUUAAUAUUUGUAUUGUGGACAGCGGUGUUUCUUUACGGAAGUUUUUAUUAUGCAUAUAUGCCCCAGGUGUCACACUCAAGAUCUGUACAUUUUCAAAUCAACACGUCCUGUGAAGCCAACCAGAAGACUUGUUCAUAUCCAUUUGCAAAUAUUUCCCUUGUUAAAGAUGGUAGAGAUCAGCUUCUUCUUAAGGGACAGCCGUAUAAAGUGCUACUAGAAUUAGAAAUGCCUGAAACACCUGUAAAUGAAAAACUUGGCAUGUUUAUGGUUGAGAUUCAGUUUUAUUCCAAAGGUGGGGUUAUUACAAAGACAUCAUCAAGAGCAGUAAGUAGUAUGCUGCGGUACAAGUCCCCAUUACUGCAAACUAUAACAACCUGGUUCUUCUCUCCUUGGCUCUUGUUUGGGUUCCUGGAGCAAAAACAGACAGUGCUUGUGGAACUUUUCAGUCAGUACUAUGAGGAUGCUUAUCUCCCUUCACUUGGUGCUCUGAUAAGCCUGAAGCUUCCAGGGGUGGAUAAUGCAAUUAAUGUCUACUCUGCUGAGUUGAUAAUGCAAGCUCAUUUCACUGGCUUGAGGUAUAUUUUGUUCUACUGGCCAAUCACGUCUUCCAUGCUUGGGAUUGGUACCAUCUUCUUCUUCCUUGCUUUGGUUGCACUUUUCUCUUGGCAUCGUUUCCUGUGGACCCCAUCAUCAGACAAAAACGAUGGGCUACAGCCAGUGAGAUUUGAAAGAAAAUUAGAGGCUGAAACUGCCUCAGAAGGCAGACAGAGGAAUGUAGUAGAUCAACCAGAAACUGUUGGAGGUAGAAGCAGACUGGAGGAUCUUGAAGAUAUGAAUGAUAGUGACCCUGAGCUGUUGGAUGUUCAGGAUGCAGAAUUCACACGAGAUGACAAUGAAGUUGAACAAGACAUUCCUGGAGCCAGUGCUUCUGUGUCCACGGUGCGAAAACGAACUGUUUAAGACAGUCAGCACAAAUGUUAUACUUCUUAAUAAAAAAACAUUUAAGAAGUCAACACAAAUCCUUGCCUGUCAAGCCUGUGAAUACUUCUCAGCAUUUCAGAGCUUUAUGAUGAAUCAGUGGAUAUAACUGUGAUAUUAAGUUUUUUUUUUCUUUUUUUUUUUUUUUCUUUUUUUUUUUUGUUAACAAAUAGUAGCCUAAAAUGUCUUUGUUGGUAUGAUUUUACAUGUGUAAAAUCAAGUGCUUUUGUAUAAAUUUUUUUGUAUGUAUAUUUUUCUUUGAAAUUUUUGAGAUAUCUAGAUUUAUGCUUGUUUUAACAAGGUUAAAGAAUACUUACUGACCAAUUAUAUCACAAAAAGUGCAAAUCAUGAAAACAAGAUGGAAAAUUCGGCCCCAAUUUUUGCUGAAAAGGGGCAGAAAAAAGUGACAUGAUGCCCACAAAACUGCUUCAAAUUGCACUGUAUUGUUCUUAUAAUUAUUUUGCAGCGUGGGAGGGGUCCAGCUAUGUCAAAAAAUUGAUAACUAUCUUCUUUAUGUCACGCAUUUAACACUGUGCCAUAUACAUGUUAAACAGCUACUUCUGUUGCAUAGCAUUCUGUUCAUUUUAGUCAAUGACAAUAAAAGUGUUCAUGCAAAG